AAUCCCAUGACUUCGCACAUUCGUCUCUCUCCCUUUUGACUCCCCUAUCUCUCCUCACUCAGAUCCGUCGCCAUGCGGUCACCUCCGCCGCCGACGAACGGCGGCGCCGCCCGCGACGCCGAGUCCCUCUUUCGGUCAAAGCCGAUCCCGGAGAUCCGCGCCGUGGAGGCGGCGACGCGGCGGGAUAUCAAGGCCAAGGAGGAGGAGCUCCGCCAGCUCGUCGGCGAGAGCUACCGCGACCUCAUCGACUCCGCCGACUCCAUCCUCCUCAUACGCUCCUCUUGCGAGUCCAUCGACUCCAAUCUCGCUGCGGUCGACGACGCCCUCCGUUCCCUCUCCACCCCGGUCACCGCCCCCGCCGCCCUCGCCCUUGUCCCGAACCCCGCCCGCGCCCGGGUCUAUGGCAUCGCCUCCAGGGUCAAAUACCUCGUCGACACCCCGGAGAACAUCUGGGGCUGCCUCGACGAGUCCAUGCUCCUCGAGGCCUCCGGGCGGUACCUCCGAGCCAAGGAGGUCCACGGUCUCCUCGCCUCCGACGCCGCCGAUGGCGAGAUGCUCGCCAAGUUCCCGCUGCUCCGCCACCAGUGGCAGAUCGUGGAGGGCUUCAAGGUCCAGAUCUCGCAGAGGAGCCGCGAGAGGCUCACGGACCAGGGGCUCACGGUCGCGGGCUAUGCCGACGCCCUCGCCGCUGCCGCUACGAUUGAUGAUCUUGACCCGAAGCAAGUGCUAGGUUUGUUCUUGGACUCAAGGAGGUCGUGGAUCGCGCAGAGGCUAACGGAUAACUCAUUGGUUCCCGAUUCCUUCUCUUCCUUGCUAUGUGACGCGGUUAGGAUCAUUAGAUCUAGCUUGGGGCAAGUGGGCGAGCUUUUCCUGCUCGCGUUGAAUGAAAUGCCAUUGUUCUACAAAAUGGUGCUUGGAUCACCACCCGGGACGCAGUUGUUUGGGGCGAUUCCCCAUCCUGAGGAGGAAGUGAGGCUUUGGAAGUCGCAUCGGGAGAAAUUGGAGGCAAUGAUGGCUCUGCUCGAACCAGAGUUCAUUGCUCAGACCUGUUCUUCAUGGUUGAGGAACUGCUGUAAUGAGAUCUUUGGGGUGCUGGUGAGUGGCAAGCGAAUCAUUGAUGCAAUUGGAAGUGGAGAAGGGCUUGCAGCUGCUGAAAAACUGGUCCAUGAAACUUUGGAUGGUCGAGGGGGUCUGGAGGAGAGCUUGGAACAGUGGCUGAAGAGUGUCUUUGGCUCCGAAAUUGAGUCACCAUGGAACCAGAUUCGUGGGCUUAUUCUGAAAGAUGGAAAGGACAUCUUAGAAGAUAGGUUGGAAGAGGCAUUUGCUAAAAGAAUGAAGGAGAUUGUGCAUACCGAGUUUGAGAACUUGAUUGCAGAUAUCAACUUGAGGAACUCGAUUCACUCUAUUGUGAAUGCCAAAGGUACAAGAGACCAGGAUGAUUUUCAAGCUUACCUGAAGAAACCCUCAACUGGUGGUGGAAUUUGGUUCUCCGAGCCAAUUCAAAAGAAAACAGGACUGUUUUAUGCACUUAAGCCAACUGUUUAUGAGAACGACUUCCGUAAUAGCCUCAAUGCGUAUCUUGGACCUGAAGUUAGUCGAAUCAGAGAUGCAGUGGACAGCAAAAGCCAGAGCAUACUAGAGGAUCUUUUAUGUUUUGUGGAAUCUCAGAACUCUGUUUUCAGGUUAAAGGAACUGGCACCAUUUCUCCAAGAGAAAUGUUACAAGACCAUCUCUGUUUUAUUAAAGGAACUUGAGGUUGACGUUGCAGAGUUUGCUGCUUCUUUAACAAGCAACAAGCAGGACAAGGAUUCUUUACCUCACUCUGUACUUGUUGGAAGAUCACUUUUCGUAGGACGUCUUUUAUUUGCAUUGAGAAACCAUUCAAGUCAUAUCCCACUAAUUCUUGGUUCCCCAAGACAGUGGAUUAAAGAUAUGAUUGGUGCAGUCUCUGCUAGCUUACCAUCAUCUCCUUUGCCUGGGCAAUCUAAGGUGGUUUUUAACUCUCCAAUCUCUUCUAGCUUGAAAAGGCCUACGUUUGACAUCUCUAAAAGUGCUAGGAGUCAAUUCCUCGAUAAUCCAAGAAGGCAAACAUUUUCAGCUGCUGCUGCAUUGUUUUCACUGGAUGACAACACAUGCCCAAAACUUGAUGAACUGAACAAAACAUUCCGAGAACUAUGCAUCAAAGCUCAUAGCUUGUGGACUAUAUGGGUGUCUAAUGAACUAGCACUGAUUCUUUCCAAGGAUCUAAAUAGAGAUGAUACAUUAUCUGCAUCGACACCUUUGCAGGGUUGGGAAGUAACAAUUAUCAAACAAGAUCAAUCCAAAGAGGACCCAUUGGAGAUGACAAUUGCUCUUCCUUCCAUGCCUUCACUCUACAUUACCUCCUUUCUCUUUCAAGCGUGCGUAGAAAUUCAUAAAAUUGGAGGUCAUGUUCUCGAGAGAUUUACACUGCAAAUAUUUGCAUGGAAACUUUUAGAAAAGGUGAUUAAAAUCUAUGAAACGUUAUUAUUAGCUGUGGAGAGUGGUGAAUCUCGGGUUUCAGAAAAAGGAAUCUUGCAAAUUUUGCUCGACCUAAAAUUCAUUGCUGACAUUCUAUCUGGGGGCAGAGACUUUGCUAGUAGUAACCCUGAACAGGAUUCAUCAAGAAUUGUAGCGCUGAAACCUUCACUGAGAAGGAAACAGCCACAAGUCCACCUUGAUUGUGCUAAUGCAGAGACUAUAAUCAGGCUGAUAAAUAGCUUUUCGCAGAGGUUGGAUCCCAUUGACUGGGCAACGUAUGAACCUUACCUAUGGGAAAAUGAGAAACAAUCAUACAAGCGAUUUGCUGUCUUGUUUGGGUUCUUGGUUCAACUUAAUCGCAUGUACACUGACACUAUCCAAAAAUUGCCCACAAAAUCAAACACCGGCUCAAACAUCAUGAGAUGUUCCACAGUUCCUCGAUUUAAAUAUCUUCCAAUCAGUGCUCCUGCCUUAUCUUCAAGAGGUGCACAUAAAUCAGCUCUGCAGGCAGCUGAUGAUACCACAGCGAGGAGCCCUUGGAAAGCAUAUUCAAAUGGAGGGCAAUCUUCGAAGCCUGAGUUUGAUGAUAGUCCAAAUUUUGGAGCAGCAGCGCCAUUGCUGAAGUCCAUCAUGACACAGGUUGGUAGCAAAUUUGGAGAGAGUACAUCGAGGUGGGGCUCUAUGCUUUCCGACUCCCAAGUCGGAAGGCUCAAGGACAGAUCAGCAGCUGCUAUGUCAACUUUUGGCGACAUUCUCCCUGGCCCAGCAGCAGGACUUCUAUCAUCUCUUACAUCAGGCACUGCCAUGUUCGACUCUUAAAUGCCUGUGCUUGCUUCUCAUCAGUGUCUCGUUAAUUGAUCGAAGCCCAUGUGAUUACUUUUAACCGGAGAGGAACAGAGCUGGCAACAUUCAGUCACAGCAGCUCGGUUCAGCAACGCCGUCUAUGUGUAAUAGAGGAAAGGAAGGUGGUACUCUUGCUGUUUCGCAAGUUAGCAGCUACUUUUCAUUGUUUAAGAUGUCAAGAUGUCUCUUAUAUGAUUUCAUCAUAAGGUAGUUCCAAGAUAUCUGCAGUUCCCUGACCAAAUUAUGGAAUCAUGGAAGUUGAAGAGGUAGAAGCUCGAUCAAAUCCUUAGGUAGAAAUCGGGCAUCACAGUUGUAUCUGUUACUGCAUCUACAGUAUAUCAAAAUAAAGGUAAAGGUAUGGGUGUAAGUCUUAUAAACUUGUUUGGAUAAAUUCUUUUUGUAGGUAAUUAGGGAAUGCCAUUAUUUGUUUGGUU